GAGGCAUAAACCUAAGUACAUGACAGGAUGCAAAUUCUCCCAUGAGCUGGACUCUAAUCACAAUGCGGGGUUACUGCGAGUGUAUAAGUUGGAGAGUCUGAGCCGGGCUGAGCUGUGCACACUGCUGCUGCAGAGCGAGGACUGGCUUCUGCCUGAUAUAUGUUGUCAUUACAACAAUGACGGUGGGGAGUUCGGUCUGUGUCAGGAGGGUUUCGCUUGUAAGAGACUGCAUAUCUGUGAGAGGUUCCUGAACCACGACUGCAGCUGCUCCAAGACUCGUGAUUUUAAUGCUCCACAGCCAUACAAGAGCCUGCAGGAGAAAGGCGUGCCUGAAGACUUCACUCAUUCCUUGAAGUCUGUUUAUGCAAACAUAUUUGCUUUGAAGUACACUGACAGAAAGCAACCAAACUCUUCCACCAGAGAAUUCUCUGCUAACCCUGAUGGACCGAACAGAAGGCAAAGGCCAAGGCCUGUCAGAGAUAAAACUGAGAUAUGCAUGUUCUUCAUCAAAGGACACUGCAUGGAUGAGGAUCGAUGUUUUAAAGCUCACGACAAGAUGCCGUACAGAUGGGAGGUCAAAGAGGACGAACAAUGGACUGCCUUGACUGAUAAUGUGGCGAUUGAGAAGUACUACUGUGACCCUAAAAACACACACCGGUACUCUCUACUGACAUUUAGAGAUUUAUUUUCAUUUGACAUUUUGAGAAAUGUGCUUAUUCACUUUUGUGCCAAGAGUUAGAGGUUGGAGACCACUCUCA